CCUCAGGAGGAGACAAAUAACUAAUCAAUAAAAAAUGUAAUGUUGAUAAAAACACUUUUACCUGAUUAAGUCUAAAAUGAAAGAGAAGCUCCACAAAUGAAGGACACACUUUAGAAAAGUUUCUAUUGCUCUGUUGCAUAUUCCUGCUAAAGAUGUCAGAAAUUACAAAAAGUUCAAGGCACACACUGUUCAGACAUCAAGAUGUCCAUGAGCAAUAUGUCUUAGUGUUUCUGCCUCCCUUUUUGUUAGCAUUUUAAACAUCUGAUAACUGAAAUCAGUGUUUGUGUCAAAGUAACAGUGGCUCUGUAUCCUAUGUCUAGUUUUAAAUGUUUACAUGAAUUUGAGCUGAAGUGCUCAUCAAUAGUAAAGUCUAUGAAUACAAAAACUUCUCUGUGCGUGUUGUACCCAUCCUACAGUCGGAUGGUAGUGGUACCAUCUUUUCUUCUUCUAAUGGAGCUACUGUAUCUCAUUCAGGUUUGGUCUCACAAAGAGUACCCUCUGAUCCCUGUGGGCAAACUGGUGCUCAAUAGGAACCCAAUGAACUACUUUGCUGAGGUGGAGCAACUCGCCUUCGAUCCCAGCAACAUGCCACCAGGUAUCGAGGCCAGCCCAGACAAGAUGCUGCAGGGCCGUCUCUUCUCCUACCCAGACACGCAUCGACACCGGCUGGGAGCUAACUACCUGCAGCUCCCUGUCAACUGUCCAUUCAGGACCCGUGUGACCAACUACCAGCGCGAUGGUCCGAUGUGCAUGUUUGACAACCAAGGUGGAGCCCCAAACUACUAUCCCAACAGCUUCAGUGCUCCUGACACCCAGCCUCAGUUUGUGGAGUCCAACUUCAAGGUGUCUCCAGAUGUGAGCCGUUACAACAGUAGAGAUGAGGACAAUGUCGCACAGGUGAAGAAAACAUCCCGAUAUUACAAGCACCAGCCGGUUUACACAAACCGAUUUCACCACCAGGAUGGUUCUUCUUCUCUCCUAAUUUCCUGUAACCAGGAUCGUGACAAGGCUAGAGAUGAUUGGCUUUAUUUUGAAGCUAUCCUGUCUGUAUGA